GCGAAUGCUAGUUGCUAUCUAACUUGGAAAUGAACCCUACAGAUGCUCCAAAACCUUUUUGGAUCAGGCUUUUCAAGAAUUGUAUUGCAUGAGAAAUCAGUUGUCAACUCGUGAAAGCAUAAGCUAAGUCAUCAAAUUGUGAGGCUCAUUACAAAAUAGUCAGCGACUUGGCAGGUCUGGUUUGUCUUUUGGAAAGAAAGAUCAGAAAAUAGCAUGCACCGAACCAAUGCCAUUUCAAGAUAAAGCCUCAAGUUUAAAAAUUAAUAAUAGUAGCUGCAACACAACCUGUCAGUUGAAUGUACGACUGAAGUCGGCCAAUUCACUUCCAUUGAUUAUUGUAUCCUCAGACUCAAAAGUUAGAACUACAUUCAAUUUGUUCAUUUCCGUAUUAAUAAUGACUCCAGUAUUGAAAAGAUCAUAAUAAUGUUGGAUUGGGGGUUGAGUUGGGGGGAAGUGGAGAUUGUUUUAAAACACUAAGGAAUUAGACAAAAGUAACAAGUGUAUUUUUAAAUCUUGGUUGUUUUUAUCUCCACUUGCCAGCUUUUACAUCCCUUGGGAGAGAAUAGUCCUAUCGCUGGCUUUCUGAAGAAGAAUACUAGUGGAGGGAUACAUCACAUCUGUAUUGAGGUUAGCUUUUUUGCUUGUGAAUAUGUGUGGUGUACAAGUGAGUUUUUGUGGGCAAAAUGCAAAUGUGUCAUUCACUCUUUCACUCACUCACUCAGUUGUUGGCAACUUUUGUCAAUUAUCCUGAACAUUACCGAAGUUACUGAAUGUCCAUUAAAAGUAUUACAAAACAGUUAGUGAUACAAUAGACAAACCAGAUACUACCAGAGAUUUUAUUCAGAGUGUGUUUAUUAGAUCAAUGUAGCCAACAGUUUACGUACAACUAGGAGAGACUGUGAUGGUAAUAUUAUUGAUGCCUCCAGAAGUUACAGCUAUAGUGACUCUCUUUGUCAGCUUCUGACCUAAAUGGGCCACCCCUUUGGUUGUUAAGUGUACCAUUGGGCUUGUUUUUUCAUGCCCUGGUCAUAUAUGGGUGUUCUUACCUAAUAAUGUUUUUUACAGGUUGAUGACAUAAAAGCUGCUAUGAAAGAUCUCAAGGAACAUAAGAUAAGAGCCUUGAGCCCAGAACCAAGGGUAAAUUUUAAUAUCUUUAGUCCAUGCAAGUUUUUCAUAUAAAUUCAUGUAUGUGCACAGUCAUCAGGCAGGGAUCUAGACUAGGAUGAAUACUGACUGGUUUCCUAAACACUGGCCCCGGAAGGUGCAAGCUUCUGAGAAGGGAGGGGGGUCCAAUGGCAUGUUUCUCUAAGAUAUUUUUUGGAUUUUAACUCCCUAAAGUCCCCUUUCAUGGGAUUCUUAGUCAUUCAGACAGGAUAUUGGCCAGUUCCAUUCUCCUUGGAUGGAGCCUUGCAAAACAGUGGGUUAUUAUUAUUAUUCCUAAUGCCCAGGAAUAAAAAUCUGUCCAAUUUCCCUGAAAAGAUGGAAACCAGUGUGGAUCUGCACCUUGGCAUCCUUAUGGGUUUUGGUCUGUUUUGUGCAACAUACUGACUUUUGUGUUUUGGUGUACAAUCUCUUUCAUUUUAGAUUGGUGCCCAUGGCAAACCAGUGGUGUUCUUGCAUCCAAAAGAUUGUGGUGGGGUCUUAGUAGAAAUGGAACAAGCUUAGGAUGGGAUAAGUUAAAAAUCAGAGUUUGAUGGUGCUUGUCCUAAACCAUGAAAUGACUAAAAUAAAAUCUCAAUAUGUGACCUUAUCCUAUACUCUGUAAAUGUUGUUGCUUUUCUGCUCUAGCAAUAUAUGAUUUUCCUCUGGAAAUAAUGACCGACAAAGAAAUGUGUAGUUUCUUUUUAUAGUGAGGUAAUUGAUAAUUUAAAAAUUUUCAAUCAGUUUAAUAGUUUUAUUAAUUUCAUAUUUGCAUUUUUAAGCUAUGUUCUUCAUAAACCUGGACAUUGUUACCCAGUUGCAGUUAUUACUAUAAUAUUUUUUUCCAAAUAGCUCUUGCUUAAUUUCCUGCUGGGUUUAUUUCUUACAAGUAAAUUAUUACUUCUUGUAAAAUAUGGUUUAAAGAAACCUUAACAUAGGCAAAAGAACACUUCUGAGAGCUUUUUUAAUUUAUUACACUUUAGUUAGGAAUACUAGACAAGAGAGUUAGACUUUGAGGUUAUUUGUAAUCUGAUUAAUGUUAUAUGAAUAUACCCCAUAAUAGAGUGAUAAUAAACCUUAGCUGAAAACUUCAUAAGAUGUUUAUUCUUGUUCUCUUUUGAUUUUCAAUCUGGUAUUUUCCCCUGCCCUAAGUCUUUUAAGACUGGCUCUCAGCUCUGUGCAGCGGGGCAUACGUACCCUGGCAAGGGUUCCUAGCCACUUGCAUGGCAGCCUGCAAGAUAAUUGCAGUCUGACCCGGAAGAAAUUUCAGAGGUGUUUAAACCCCUCCUCUUUGUCCCUUUUCUUCAUAAGCUUAAUAAAAUAAAAACAAGAACAGAGAGGAAAAUAUAUUUAAAUAGCCUGGGUGCAGUAACAAAUGAAAAUAGGAAAUGUCUUCACUCGAGAUCAUAUUUUGAUAAAGCAAGAGAAAACAAACAGAUAAUAAAAGUUAACAGAACGUCAACAACCGAAAAAAAAACAACAACAACUACAACAACUCUUCCCUAAAAUUGAAAAAGAAAGAAACUUCGUUUAUUUUCUUAAGAGGCAACAUCAUCUGCUUUACCCCCCCUUCCCUGCUACAGUUGAAAAAAAACCUUUCUUCUAUUAUUCCUACAAACUGGUGAUUUUAAAAACCUCCACAGAGGAUGACUUCAGUCAAAUGACUAAUCCAUAAGACAACGUAAGAACAUGUUAUUUUUUUCAUCAACAAUACUAUCACGUACCUUCGGUAUUAAAUAUUUGUGUUCCGUUCUCUUAGCAACAGAUGUUGUGACGCGACUUCCGAUACGCUUAGGUAUCGGCACCAGUGUUAGCGGUAAGUUUUCAGCGUGAUAUGAUGCUGGCGGAUGUUUUGUUUUUGAAAAAAUGUUUCCUCUGUUAAAAUCAGGAUGGACGCUAGUUUUAAAUUGAAUCUUAAAGGUAAUCUUAUCCUAACAUUGACUUUCUGUAAUGUUUUGUAUGUUUAUCAACAAUGCUAAGCUUUUAGGCUCACAGCGGUUUUUUUACGGCGCCAUCUUGAACGAAGUUAGACCCUGAAAGAGCGCUGGUGAUUUUCGCGACAUAAACAAAAUGCAUUUCUUUUAGUUUCAGGACAGAAAUAAGACGAGCUCAAAGUUAUCUCAUUGAAAUUUUAAGCCGAAGGUUCCCCUCUUUCAGAUGUUUGGACUGGCAGAAGAUCAAGUUUUGUGUCAAUAAAUUGAAGACUAUGGAAAAUUAAUUUUACUUGCUCGAGAUCAGGAUAUUACCUUUUACUGGAAGGGUCAAGCUUCAUUUGGAAUUUAUGUACAGAAUCAUCUAUACCAAGGUCGCGUUUAAAAAAGAAAGUUGAACGCAAAUAGAAUUGGGUUGCUUUUAAUUAGAUCAGGAAGGAAUCUCCAUCCACUCAAGAAGAUCGUGUUCGAGGACUACCUCAUGUGCGGAGCCUUCGGAGGACGUGAUCAAAACAGAGUUGGUCCCAUUACUGAUCUAACAUCUGAAAGGAUUGAAAUCCGACAAGGUCGUUGGUUGAGAGUAGUUCAUUACAAGCCUUGCGUAUCGACCUCAGUAGAUAGCGGUUUUAGUCGGGAAAAUUCAUUCAAUUCCGUUUCUUCUGCAACAAAGGCUGUUGAUCCAGACUAUAAGAGAGUCGUUGUUAUAUUUUUCUUCCACGGAGUAGGUGGAAGUGCUGAUCUGUGGUAUGAACAGCUUUUAUACUUUUGCAAAGCGGGAUACGAAGUGGUGGCACCUGACUUGUUAGGACAUGGGCAAAGUUCAGCGCCGAGAAAUUCUGCAGAUUACGAGUUCUCAGAACUGUCUUGUGAUUUAGUAUUUUUAUUCGAUCGCUACCACAAGAAAAGAAAUGUCUUAGUUGGGCAUUCGUAUGGGUAAGUUUCUCACACCAAUGACCAUUUAUUACUGACCCUGACGGGAGCCUUUGGUCCUGUCCAGAUGCCAAACUUUUCAUGACCUGAACCUAAUACAUUGAAUUAUAAGUACAUGGAAAGUUUGGCGUCUGAAUCAAUUAGGCCCGGGGUAUCCAAUCGAUGGAAUCGAUAAUCGAUGACAAUCAAUAUCAAUCGAUACCAAUCGAUAUCAAUUAAUCGAUUGAUAUUGAUAAUCGAUGACCAAUCCAUGGCGAAGAUUCGUGUGGUUAUCGAUUGGUAUCGAUUAUCAAUACCAAUCAAUAGAUAAAUUGGUAUUGCUUGGUUGUAGAUUGGCGGAAACGGAAUUGACACUUUGUACGCAUGUAAUUGUAAACACCAUUCAUUUCAUGUCAACAGAAGAACAAUCUUUCUUCUUUCCCUUUAACGUUAACGGCCCGUCCACGGGAAUCCGGUUUUAUUUUUGACAAAUUAAAAGUUCAAAUUAAAAAUUCACUAACACUGAAAUAUCUGCAUGUAGUGGCCAAAGAGGAUCCACGAGCUCGGACUGUAGAUGGCCGAGUUGUCCAUGAUGGUUCACAACUUUAAACGCGUUUCCGCGUUCUCCCCUCUUCUUGGUUGAACACUUCACCGACGUUCACCUCAAAACGGCAAAGAUGAGAGCCUUUGACGAUGCACCUUAUAUUCAGUAAAGCCUCUGCCCGGACGUCUUGCGUAGACAUUAUGACACGGAAAGGCAAUGACGGGCAAGUGGGUAAUUCGAGUACGCGUGCAACAGGGUAUAUUCUUUGCACUGAGAAGUCUGGGUUGGAAUUGUUUUACCAAUUUUGUCCCCAGGGCUUCCUAAAAAUGGCGGAUGAUCGGACAGGUAGCGUGCGUGACGUCUGUCUCGAGGUCCUGUGCCAAUCGAUGCCAAUCGAUGAACGAUUUUUGUGUGGUUAUCGAUUGGUCAUCGAUUGACCAAUACCAAUCGAUACCAAUUAACUAAUUUUAUCGAUUGAUCGAUUGGUUUUCCAAUCAUCGAUUUCCAUCGAUUGGAUACCCCGGGAUUAGGAACGCCUAUUUCAAUUUGGAACGUACAGCUCAGCCAUUCUUCCUGCCUAGCCUGGCUGGGAAUUUCGACUGUGGAACAACUUUGGAACACCUUUGAUUCAGAUGCCGAACAUUUCAUGUGCCUAACCUAAUGUAUAAAUUAUGAUAAUGUAUUUUGCAAGCAGUUUGAAUUUCAACCGGUCUAAAUAAUUUGGGUUGGCCUUAAUUUGAAUUAGCUUCAGCUCAUGAAAAGUUUGGCAUCUGAACCAGGCCUUUCUCACCUCUACCUCUUUAUUAAUUCAUCGUUAAGUAGCUUGCAUGAGGCUGAGUAUAUAUAAUACAGAGAAUUAUACAGAUGGAGAACGGUGGCUGGAUAUCCCUCCUCUAUUGUUUAAUUAUUUGUUCAGAAUGUUUUGAACUAAAAAACAUGCUUACCUUGAUCUAUGAAAAGUUCUCAUCUCAAUAACAUUAAUUUUUGCCUGUCCCCUGGGAGUUCCAGGAUAUGAAGGGAUGUUUAUUCCAGCAGAUCAAUAUGAAAUAGCAGUAAUGUUGUUAUCUUUUGAGUUGUAUUUUUGUUAUUCUGGCCAUUUUUAUAGGCAGUAGUUUUGCCAUUUCUUCUUCCCUGGGUCAAAAUCUUUGGUGAUUUUUCUCCAGCUCUGCCAAAACACUGAGUUUAUACCAUGCCUUCUGCUGUCUCUUUUUCUUGUGAUAUCGAUACAGUUGAUAUUAUGAAUAAUAAUAAUUAUUCUUCAUAACCUGCAUGACAAUGAACAAAUUUGGAAGACGUCAAUUUUUUACUAGCCAGGGGAUUUACACUCUGACUCCUAAGACUGACUAACAUCAAUUUUCUCCUAGUGAUACCAAUACAUAAUCAAGAGAAAAGGUGAUGGGAAUUUUAAAUUGAUUGAUCUUAAGUCAAAUUCACCCAACGAAUUCUUCACGGAAAUGUUUGUAUAAUUUUGUAUCUGGAUAUUGGCCCUUGAAGGAUUAAGCCAAUCAGAAAUGGAGAAAAAUUGUGAAUGACUAAUAGUUAUCAAUUAAUAUAUAUUAUGAUCAAUUAUCAGCCAGUUCGCUGGAUUGAUCUUGAACAAUUAUUAUUGGAUGAGGUUUUUGUGAUAUCCGGAAUAAUCAAGGUCGAGGUAAGGGUUAUCAGCCUAGUGAAAGGCCAAGGCUGAUAACACUUAGACCAGCUGAUUAUGUAGGAUAUCACAAAACCGAAUCUACUGUAAUUAUUGUUUCAUUAUAUGUUGUUUUGGAGAAAAUAAUGACAAAUACACAGUCGUACAGAACCUGACUUGAUAUUGUUAUUGGAAAUCAUGCAUGGCAUGCACAACCUACAGAUUAGUCAGUUAUCUGCUAGCAGGUAAAUAACUAAUCUGUAGGUUGCGCUGAUUUCAGCUGUCGGCUCUCAGCCAAUGAUAAGACAGAUGAUAGUGAGUACAAUGUGUAAUAACAUCUGUUAUCUGUUGUAGGGCAUCUUUUUGCUCAGUUAUUGCAUCAGAGCGUGCUCGUCUAGUAUCCAAGAUGGUUCUUAUUGCUGGAGGAGGUCCUGUGCCUCUUGUGGGUGUUAACUCCUGUGACCUAUUCCGCCUUCCUACACCUGUGCUGUCCUGUAUCAAGCCUGUGUUUUUAGGUGUAUACGAGAGGUAAGCUGAAUUUCUGUUAGCCUACGAACACAGCCAACAUUUUGCAAUGCUACCACUGGUUUCCCUGCAAAAUGAUGUCCAAGGAAUGACUGCAAAAAUUCAUUACUGAUGAUUUGUCAUUACCCAGGCUGGGUUGUUCAACCGUUGAACAAUGCUAUCCACCAGAAAAAUCUCUAUCCUCUGGAUAAAUAUUAGGGAAACCAAUAUUGUGUUAUCCAGUGGAUAGCAUUAUCCACCUUUUGAACAUUAAGUGCAAGAUCUUGGUUAAAGCAAAUGUCCCUUGGGGCACAACCAGUCAGAAGCACUGCCCAGAUCACCCAGCUGGUUGGUUGUCUCAAGCGUUUGAAGAAGGACCUCCAUAGCUAACUGGACCAUGGGGAGGUAUAGCAAACAAUUUGCAGUCUCAGGUUGGAACCCCAAAUACAGAGCUUGCUUUCUAUUUGUUGAUUUUUUUCUUUGGUUAUUGUUGAGUUGAUUGUCGUUGUAUUUUUUGUUUUACAGGAGAGCCUACAACAGUCAAAAAGCAAGAUUAAUAAAGAAGAAAGUCAAAGCCUUUAGUGCCCCACCUUUUGUAUUGAAAGCUGUGAUGGCUGGGCAGGUGAGGAUCAGUCAUGUGAUAUUUUGUGUUUCGUACAUUGGUUACCAUUGAUACAGAUAACCAAUACAUUUUCACAUUCAAAAAAUAUUGGGAAAUUUCAGGUUUUAUAUUAUAUAGGUGUAUAAGGCCAAUGUAUACAUAUUUUGCUUAAAAUUGAAGUUCGACAAAAACAUUAAGCACAAGCAGGACCUCUGAAUCAAAGUUUAAAUUUGGUUAAGUUAAGUUUGAUUAGCUCUGCCACAUGACUCUGUCAGGGCACUAGUUCAAGGAACAUGCUUAUGUCAUAUCACACUAAAUUCAUUAAUCUCAGAAAUGUUAUUACACCUCAGUUUCAAGUACAGAACCAUUUUUUGUUUCAUUUACUGCUGAAUAGAUAUUAUGCACUCAAGUUUAAUUUGAAUCCAGCACGAUGUUUGGAUUGAAGUUGUGCUUCUAUUGUGCUCCUAAUCUGUUGGACCCAAUUUAUUAAACUAUAUGAUUAAGGUCUGCACAGCAGAAGCACUUUGUAUUAACCAGGCCAAGUAAGUCUUUCUUUUGAUGAUUGAAUUCAUGCAAGAGAGGACUCUACUGACCUGUGGCCUCCUUAAAGUGGCUGAACACGGCGCUAAUUAUUCUCUGAUUUCAAUUGUUUCUGUGCAUGCAAAAGUGUAAUCAAAUUUUGAUGUCGUUAUGAGUUUCCACACACUGUAUUGAAAGCUUAUUUUAUGCACGCUAGUCAAGAAUAACUGUCUUUGGACAAACCUUGUAAAUAUGAAAGUUUCAAGUUAUUUUCAGUCUCCAUUAUUACCUUCAGUUGGCAAUGGUCAAACAUUCCAGAUUUUACCUAAUAAAUUUAAUGUCUUUCGCAUAUAUUUUUUCCAUGUGAAAUUUAUUUGAGCUUUAUACCUGCAACAUGUCUUGCAUAACACCCUAAGUCAUGAGUGGUAACAACUCACAGCCUGUCAAAACUUUUUUCAGCAACCUUAGAGCUAAGUUUGCUGUAGUGUAAUUUUAUGAAUGUUUUUCAGAGAUGGGAAGAGGGGGAUGAAGCCUAUCAUCAAGAACUGAUGGUUCCCGCAUUGUUAAUUUAUGGUGCACAGGAUAAAUUUGUAACUCUUGAGGAGGAAGAGUGGAUGCAGGAGGUCAGUGAAAAGAAUGCUUACAUGGCAUUCUUGCGAUGAGUGGCUAUUUGUGUCUGCUUUUUGUUGGGAUAGAAAUGAUUGUUUUUAUGAAUAGAUUGUUAAUAUUUUUAAGUUGAUUGUUCCUGCCAUGUAUCAGUCUAGUGUCCCAUCCUUGCACUGACAUGCAUCCUCCUUUCUUAAAUUGAUAUUAUUGUUUGUUGAUUUUCAUCAACCUUCAUUUUUGUCGGCAACGUAAGGAGCACAUUUAUUAUUAACUUAGAUGUAUUGCAGUCCCAUAAACUGUGGAACUGAAUAAUAGAAUAAUCUUCUUUUCAAGUACUUUUUUACAGGACUGCUUUAUUUCCUCAAUUCAUUGCCCACUCUCUAAUGAACGCCCUCCCCCAAAUAAGUGCCAGCCCCCAAGGCCAUAAUAUCAAGUAAGUGCCCCCCUCCCUUCCCCCUCACUUUCUUAUUAGUACUGAUACAAGUGGAAUGCGAAGAUCUGCAUAUCUUUGAAGGGGAUGAUCUUGAGGAUUAUGAGUUAUUGAUUUUUUAUAAACAUGCAUACUGGUACAUCUGUGUUAAAUGUUUAAUGGGACUAUGAUACACUUAAUUACAACUACUGUUUUAAGAAGCACAAGAUUGUUAAUAUUAACUUUUUGUGAAAAGGAAAACUUAAUUUGCCCUUCCCUUUAAUCCAGCAACCUCUUUCCAGUAGAAGGCACUCCUCUGUUUAGCCAUAAUUUUAAAUAAGUGCCUCGUAUUAUGGUAUGACAUGAAUGACAGACUGCAAGAUAGACUCUGGGAAAUACUUGGUGAUGCAUUCACUGAAAAAUAUCAGCUGUACUCCCUAUCUUUAAAUUAAUUCUAGUUAUCAAAUUGAUAUCAACUAUAAUGGAACAAAUGCCUUAGCAGAGUAAUGAAUAAAUUCUCCCUUUGUUGGUUCUAAAUGCGGGAGCAAAUGGUAAUUGAUUAGAAGUGUUUGAAGAAAUUACUAUAUAUAUUGUAUUCAUUACUAUAGCAAGUCAAAUUGACAGACUAUCAUACUGUGUUUGUGAUAAGCUAAUAAAAAUCUGUGAGGGACCGGAGGGGAGGUAAGGUACUGCCUUUAAAUGGAGUUAUACAGUAUUGUGUUUUUGUGAUUGUAGGUAAUAUACAGUUCAUCACUGGAGGUUAUUCAAGAUGCAGGUCAUAUGGUCAUGGUGGAAUCUCCUGUUAGGUGAGAAUAAUACUCUAGCUAUACAAAGAUGAUUCUUGUUAUGACAUAUUUACCUCCAGCCUGACUGUCACAGACAUAAUUUUACCUCAGGUCAUAAUGUCUGCAAAGCAUUGCCAAGAUCCUUGUUCAUGUUCUGGGCCUCUAGUGGAAUCAACAAAUUAGUGGAAGUGCAUUUUGAAUUUCCUUUCAUACAGGCAAAUUAACAAUGGCUUCUUUAACAGGCCAAUUAUGGCACAUACACAAAUCCUGGUGCAAUGGUGGGGUCCAGAACAAGGAUUUUGGUGUUGCUUUGCAGACAGUGUUGUGUCACAGCUUUGCUGAUUCAAUUCUUGUUUGGUUUUUAGAGUAAAUUGCUUGAUACACAAUUUUCUACAACGUGAUGCCACAACAAGAUCACUUUAUCAACAACCAAUUGAUCUUUCCUCAAAGGGAUCUCUUCAUGUGAUGAAAACCAGUGAUGUGAAUGUUGUCCAGAAUAAUGCUGAGCCACUACAGUCAGUUUUAGAAAUCUCUGAUGAAGGAGGCCGAAGGCACUCCAGUGGAAUGACUUUGGAGCCCUUGGACAAAGGCUUGAAGGAUGUUAGAAGUUCACUAGCUUCACUCAGUGUUCCAGAGAAUUUUAGAACUGCAAGAAGAUACUCUGGGGAUAGUAUUGAGGCAAUUGACAUAUCACAGCACUAUGGUCCUGAAAUAUGUUUAGAAAUACCCCAGUCUGCUGGCAAAGAAGGAAAAAGGACAUCUCUUGUCUGCGAUGGAAAUAUUACUGUUCAGGCAUCAAAGAGCGAGAGGGAACAGAAGACAGGAGGAAAUGUUAAUCAAUUGGCAUCUGCCUCCUUAUCACCAACUUUAGGAGCAGUUCACAUUAUUAGACCUCUAGCUGGUAUUGCUUGGACAAGGGAUGACGCUAAUGUAAGAGCCAAGAGUGGAUCUUUUCUUAGGUCAACUCUGAGACUAAAGAAACUAAGUACAGGUGAAAUUGGCUCCAAAAGUGCACCAUCAAGCCCUGUUACUAGAAAAUCUACCAAAUUUUAACAACUUAUUCAGGCCCCAGUUGUUUAAAUGGUGGACAUAGCUAUCAAUUGGAUUAAUCCCUUUGCAGUCAAUAACACAACAUUUGGUUUUCCUGGCACUUAUCAACUAGAGAGUGUAAAACUUGUGAACAACUGGAUCCUAGAGAAUUCAGCUUGUUGCAAGUUUCAUUAGAUAAAUAUAUUAAGUCAGCCAGGACUACUGUGUCCAAUUCUGAUGAAAAUGUUACUUGCACUCGUGCAGGACAUGUCCAGGUUAUAAGUGUUCAACUUUCUGGUCUUUUCAACCCCUUGUAUUUCUGUUUCUCUGUGAGUGCUUCAAUUUGUAGACUUGGUGAUGUCUCCCUUAUGUGCUUCUCGGGGACAUUCAGACGUUUAUCUGAGCAAUUCUCAUUGCACUGUAUUGAGAAAUGCAAAGUGAAAAAGGGGUAUCACCCCGAGAGUUACCUUAUCGGUAUAUCACAUCCAGUGGUUGACUAGCUGAUGUAUCUGCUUGCUUUAAGAUGUAAAGGAGCUGUCGUCACGAAAUUUAGACAAAUUAGGUAAUAAAAAAAUGCCCAUUAAAUUAAGAGAAACAUAAAAUAACCACUUAAAACAUUAAAGGAAGGUUAAAAUAACACAACAGAAACAACAGAUUCCACGAAUGGGCCAAACUGAAGAAGACUGAAAUGGGUUGAAAUUAGGGUUUUUGAAAACUAUUCAGCCUAACAGUUUUUUAAAGUUGAUCCCUGCUGCUUGCAACUUCAAAAAUAAUGCUCAGGAGACAUUUUUUUUUGUUUCAGAUCUCUGAUUUUGUCAUUUACAUGUAAUUUCUUUGCUUACUUUAAGUUCCGUAGUGAUUGAGGGCAAGUAAUUGGUAAAAUUAAACAAAAUGAACUGGACUGCCAUGACACAGCCCCUUUUAGGUAGUACUUGACAUGCAGCUAUACAAUCCAGAUGUCAGGUUCCAGUUAAAUGUAACAUGGUCAGUUUUAGCUUAGUGACCUAUCUGUUUGCAUAGGCUAAGACAAUGGAUACUGAUAUCUCUGCUAGCUAGUGAUAUCUGUUCAUCGUACAAAUUAUUAUUCUCUGAUGACUGGGGUGAAGUUAAUAGUUUUACACUUUCUUAGCACAAUAUUACUACCAUUUUUGUAUUUUGCAAGGAAAAAAUUAUUUAAAGCUCAAUGUAGAUUACAAAUGAGAUUGAAUGUAAAUAUGAUAACACAGGAACCACGUACAGUUGUCCUCUGCAAAUAUUUUGAGCACAAGUCUGAAAGAUAUUUAUUGAACAUGCAACUUUAUUAUUAUUGAGGAAC